AUGUCGCCUGCGUUGGACCCCGCGACGGGUGAAACCGGCACCAAAGGAUCGCGUGCGCAUCCUAUAGAGACAUCGUCGACCCCGGAACCGGGACGCCCGAGACGGACUACCGCGCAGAGCGACAUCCAGGACACAAUACAGCACCCGGGCAAUGUGCGCAUCAACGUCCAGGGGGCCUUUAUCGUAGACGAGGAGCAGCCGGGGACGCCCCAGAGCGAGGACUACGAACACGACCCGCACGACAUCAGACUGCCGAACCACACUUCGGUAGUCAGCCAUGUAGCCGUCGAUAUAGGAGGCUCUCUAGCCAAACUUGUAUACUUCUCGCGCGAACCGGGCGACGAUGCGAUCGGCGGACGUCUAAACUUCUUCAAGUUCGAGACAGACCGGAUAGAUGCGUGCAUAGAGUUCAUGCGCAAGCUCCAGGCUGAUCAGAAGCACGACAAUGGAUCCAGGUCCCCGGACCUGUGUAUCAUGGCGACUGGAGGUGGUGCGUUCAAGUACCACGACAAGAUAAAGCAGGCGCUGGAUGUAGAAGUCAUACGGGAAGACGAGAUGGAAUGCUUGAUCAUAGGCCUCGACUUCUUCAUCAACGAGAUACCAAAUGAAGUCUUCACGUACAGCGAAGACAGCCCCAUGACCUUCAUGCCACACCCUCCCGACCCACCGAACAUCUACCCCUACCUCCUCGUCAACAUCGGCUCCGGUGUAUCCAUGAUCAAAGUCUCAGGACCAAGGCAAUACGAGCGCAUAGGCGGAACAUCACUAGGAGGAGGAACACUCUGGGGACUCCUAUCGCUGCUCACCGGCGCACGCAGCUUCGACGACAUGCUGCGACUUGCGGAGAACGGCGACAACUCCACGGUCGAUUUACUCGUUGGAGAUAUCUACGGACAGGCGUACAACAAGAUCGGGCUCAAGAGCACACAUAUCGCAUCAUCGUUUGGCAAGGUCUACAAGAUGAAGCGCGCAGCGGAACGGGAAGCGGAAGAUGGAUGCAACGGCGAUCUCAAGCGCCGAGAAGAAGCAGAGCACGUUGAAGGCUCGGCAGAACUCUCCCACGACCCUGGUUCCUUCCGGCCAGAAGAUAUGGCGCGAUCCCUCCUCUACGCUGUGUCAAACAACAUCGGCCAGUUGGCGCAUCUACACGCUGAGAAACAUGGGUUGCCUAGGAUAUACUUUGGAGGUUCUUUCAUCGGCGGACAUUCGCAGACUAUGAAUACGCUGUCGUAUGCUAUCCGUUUCUGGUCGAAGGAUACGCGGCAAGCGUACUUCUUGAGGCAUGAGGGAUAUCUGGGCGCUGUGGGUGCGUUCUUGAAAAGGCAGCCGAGGAACUGGGGAAGGAGGGAGAGUGGCGCGGGGUCUGUUAGACCUACUUCGGUUUCUUCGCGCGCUUGA